AUGGCGGAGGAGGCCCAUCUCGAACUUCUGAAUCAUAAGUUGCAGCUGCAGCAGGUAUAGCCCGAGUCUGGACUGAUUGUGCACUAGGUUGAAGCUGCUUUAGAACUUGAUAAGGAAAAUGAGGAUUUGAUUAAGUUGAAGAAUGAUCUGGAGGAAGUUAUUAAACUGACGAUUGAAUUGAUUGGCAAACCCGAAAAUUCCGAGGAGGUCAAAUGGAAUGUCGGAGAUAUGUGCAUGGCCAUGUGUUCUAGAGAUAAACUGUACGUCUCCUAUCUCCUUAUCUCUUCCUUAGAUUCUACAAGGCAAAGAUCUUGGAGUUCCUUGGCGAGGCCGCCUGCGUGGUUAAUUUCUGCGAGUACGACACUACUGAUGUCUGCCAGGUUAGCCUUGAGUCUCCCUAUUGUUUCGUCCGGGCCUCCUAGACAUGUGUUCUCCUUGUCCAUAAUCUGUUGGGAGACCGACACCAUUUCCUAUUGGAGAGGCACUAUGUUGUCCCUAACACUGUUUUCCGAGAGCUGCAAGUAACUUAUGCAGAAUAUCACUAAUCUAACCAUUCUUGAGCUUAAAUCCACGGGCAGGCGUUGGUCGAGCAAGCCUCGGCUACGUGACUAGAUCAAGUCAUUUAGUGCAUUGCAUGUGUGCGUAUUUCCUAACCAAAUUUCUGCACUCCUACUUCGUGUUUAAUAGAAUUUAUAAAACCAACACCAAGCCGCUCACUGUAAUCACCGCAGCCCGGUUGUCGCCCAUCGUGAGUGGUACCGUGUACGUACACGUUUGACGGGCCCAUCACCUGCAUUCACUUCUUCCCAUUAGUCUUAGAGAAACGGUUUUUCAAAUCUUUUUGGCGAUUGCUUAGCCGUCUGUCAUCGUGCCGUGACGCAAGACGAGGACAACAUACACAAAGGUUCGGGAGUGAUCUCGAAGCCGCAUUAACUAGUUCUGAACGCCCUUCAGUGACCGAAAUCGCAGUCACCUCCUGCUGAAGAGGAAUGGUAUGCAUCUUUGUUUGACCUGACCAGACUAGUCAUUUUUAUUUUUUUUUUCUACCAUUUGGCACCGGUCCCAAUUCAAGGCGCUUUCUGUACGACCUCUGGCUUGGUGAGGUUCACACCCAGGUCUAGGCCCUCGGAGAAAUCCGAGCCUGUUUCGUUUGAAUCUAUAGUUAUCAGCUGAAGAUUUAUGUAAUUUAUCCGACCGCCCCUUGUAUACUUGCGCCAAACAGAGCCUUUGCUUGUUUUAAUUUGCAGUACUUCGCUCCAACUCCCAGAAGGGUUUCUCAUUCUAUCCGUGUUUUUUUCACCGCGGUGUCUAAGGUCUAUCCCUUAUAGUAAUAAUGACCCGUUCGACUGGUCUGCUCUUUGCAUCGCCCGUCAGGAGUCAGGCCCCUUCCUCAGCUAACGUCCUAAAUAACCCAAGCUAGUUUUACAACUGCCGUCUAAUAGAGUAUGUUGGUUGAAUAACUCGCCUCUCGACUCGAUUGUCAUGUUUGAUUUUUAUAAUCGACUUUAGAUUUGCCAUCUAAAGCCACUCACAGGCGUUGCCGCACCCGUGCAGAGGACAAAGUGAGUGUUUGAUUUGUAAGCUAACCAUUCUAGACGUGAAGUAAAGCACCGCGCAAUCGAGAAAAAGAAGUUAAAGAAACUGAAAGUAUCCCAACGCCGAGAAGAGCUAGAAAAAGCCUGUGAACGCGAGAAGAACCAGUGGCUGAACUUCAACAAGAAAAUGGUUAAGACCGGAAAGAUUAGGAAAAGUAUAUUCGCGUCUCCAGAAACCAUCGAUGGCCGUGUGGGAAUCGGUACCUGCGGCAUUGCGGGCCGACCAAUGACGAAGUUUCACACUCACGCCAGAAACGUUCGCAGAUAG